UUCACGCAACACCGCCACUAAUCCUGGGACAAAGAACGUAUCAUUCAUAUCUUCCAAUAGACAAAACAUAGACAGAGCGUUUCAUUUUCAACCCUCAGUCAAUCUGAAGAUUGAUCCCUGCUAUUUGCUCCAGGGUCUGUUUUGGGUUUCUCUUUUUCAUUUAUCUCUCUAGUUGUGGAAUUUCUACCUAGUCAAUUAGAUUUUUUUCAAGAAAGGGUUUUGCGUACAGGUUGGCAUGAAAAGUGAAGGACUACCAAGAGGAAUGAAGUCCACAUGUUGGUGCGUCGUUGUUCUCCUGUCACUCAUUUCUAUGGUAAGUUUAGUUUUUGUUGUCAAUUAUGUAGUCAAAAUCAAAUUUAGCUACCAGCUAAAUGUACAGAUGUUGCCUGUGCCAUAGCAUUUUUCCAAAUACCUUUUUACUCACAAGUGUUUGGUAAAUGUAUAUGCUGCAUACAGUGAGGGAAAAAAGUAUUUGAUCCCCUGCUGAUUUUGUACGUUUGCCCACUGACAAAGACAUGAUCAGUCUAUAAUUUUAAUGGUAGGUUUAUUUAAACAGUGAGAAACAGAAUAACAACAAAAACAUCCAGAAAAACGCAUGUCAAAAAUGUUAUGAAUUUAUUUGCAUUUUAAUGAGGGAAAUAAGUAUUUGACCCCUCUGCAAAACCCUUGUUGGCAAUCACAGAGGUCAGACGUUUCUUGUAGUUGGCCACCAGGUUUGCACACAUCUCAGGAGGGAUUUUGUCCCACUCCUCUUUGCAGAUCUUCUCCAAGUCAUUAAGGUUUCGAGGCUGACGUUUGGCAACUCGAACCUUCAACUCCCUCCACAGAUUUUCUAUGGGAUUAAGGUCUGGAGACUGGCUAGGUCACUCCAGGACCUUAAUGUGCUUCUUCUUGAGCCACUCCUUUGUUGCCUUGGCCGUGUGUUUUGGGUCAUUGUCAUGCUGGAAUACCCAUCCACGACCCAUUUUCAAUGCCCUAGCUGAGGGAAGGAGGUUCUCACCCAAGAUUUGACGGUACAUGGCCCCGUCCAUCGUCCCUUUGAUGCGGUGAAGUUGUCCUGUCCCCUUAGCAGAAAAACACCCCCAAAGCAUAAUGUUUCCACCUCCAUGUUUGAAGGUGGGGAUGGUGUUCUUGGGGUCAUAGGCAGCAUUCCUCCUCCUCCAAACACGCGAGUUGAGUUGAUGCCAAAGAGCUCGAUUUUGGUCUCAUCUGACCACAACACUUUCACCCAGUUCUCCUCUGAAUCAUUCAGAUGUUCAAAGGGCAAACUUCUGAUGGGCCUGUAUAUGUGCUUUCUUGAGCAGGGGGACCUUGCGGGCGCUGCAGGAUUUCAGUGCUUCACGGCGUAGUGUGUUACCAAUUGUUUUCUUGGUGACUAUGGUCCCAGCUGCCUUGAGAUCAUUGACAAGAUCCUCCCGUGUAGUUCUGGGCUGAUUCCUCACUGUUCUCAUGAUCAUUGCAACUCCACGAGGUGAGAUCUUGCAUGGAGCCCCAGGCCGAGGGAGAUUGACAGUUAUUUUGUGUUUCUUCCAUUUGCGAAUAAUCACACCAACUGUUGUUACCUUCUCACCAAGCUGCUUGGCGAUGGUCUUGUAGCCCAUUCCAGCCUUGUGUAUGUCUACAAUCUUGUCCGUGACAUCCUUGGAGAGCUCUUUGGUCUUGGCCAUGGUGGAGAGUUUGGAAUCUGAUUGAUUGACUGCUUCUGUGGACAGGUGUCUUUUAUACAGGUAAAAAGCUGAGAUUAGGAGCACUCCCUUUAAGAGUGUGCUCCUAAUCUCAGCUCGUUACCUGUAUAAAAGACACCUAGGAGCCAGAAAUCUUUCUGAUUGAGAGGGGGUCAAAUACUUAUUUCCCUCAUUAAAAUGCAAAUCAAUGUAUAACAUUUUUGACAUGCGUUUUUCUGGAUUUUGUUGUUGUUAUUCUGUCUCUCACUGUUCAAAUAAACCUACCAUUAAAAUUAUAGACUGAUCAUUUCUUUGUCAGUGGGCAAACGUACAAAAUCAGCAGGGGAUCAAAUAGUUUUUUCCCUCACUGUACAUAUUUUGAGUAUACUUUUCAGCACCUUGGAGAGCACCAGUCUUUUCUUUUACUCUUAAAGGGAAAUUUCACCAUAUUUCAACUUCAUAUUCAUCAUCUCCAGCACCACCCCAAUAUCAACAUAUGUGAAAAUGGAGCGUUUCUAUGUUUUGUAGUAAAAAAGAUAGAGGAAGAUAAGUCUUUCCAAUGACAUCAUCAACCAAUGCCUACUAAUAAUUGAUUAAAAUCACACGAUGCACACCGAUGAUGUCAUUGGAAACACUUAUCUUCCUCUAUCUUUUUUACUACAAAACAUAGAAACACACCAUUUUCACAUAUGUUGAUGUUGGGGUGGUGCUGAAGAUGAUGAAUAUGAAGUUGAACAAUUGUGAAAUUUCCCUUUAAAUCUUUAACUCAUCUAUUGUUUUAAUAGAUGUACUAUUGUGUUGUGUGCAGAGGGAAACAUUUUGUCAUUCACAUUCCAAUGGUUGUAGAUCUAAUUUUAAUCAAUCAACUCAGGUUAAUCUCCCAUUUGAGUCACUCAAUUCAGUUGAAAAGUAAUAGUGCUUGACAUUUCACCUUUUGAUAAGCUUGACAUAAUAUCUUCAUUGUUACACCAUCACAGUUUCUGACAACCCAGUGCUGUUAAUCUUCUGGUACACAGUAACCCUGCAUGAGGUACAUCUGUCAACAGACAAACAAGAGAAACAGGCCCAGUUGUCUCUUACUAAUUAUUUUGAUUUAAUCCCACAAAGUUGACUAAUCUUCAAUAGUUACCUUGGGUUAUCAGCACUUAAUUUGCAUAGUGAUUGAAAUAAGUUAAUUAUGAAUAAUUAUUUCUACGACUUAAUUCCCAUUAUCGAAUUGAAUUUGCAGUCUUGAAAAUUAUAAACUCAAUUUCACACUUGACUAGGCUCACUAAUCAUUUUAUCCCCUGAACUAAUGAAGGCUUUCCUUUUUUAAGGGACACUUUUAUUCAGUGGAAUAUGAUGCAAUUAAAUUAAACUAAUGCUAUAUUACUGUAAAAUGUCAUUACAGUAUUGUAAACAUAAAGCGUUAGAUGUACAGAAAGUGUUUACUCUCAAUUGUACCACUUGAUGUGAAUGUUUUUCCAGGCUUUGCCUCCAAAUUGCUUUGCCAUGCUUUAAUGGGGUGCUCAUAAUUGUUUCGUGCUCGGCGCAUCCUAAGCUCUAGCCUCCAGCUCCUUCGACAGAUUGACAGACCCAUGGGAACCUCGCAAACUUAUUUUGGACGCCUUUGAACCAACUCGUGUGUGAAAUAAUAUGAUUAUGUAUUUAUCCUUUGGGUGAGUUGGAGAAGCUAGUGGCUAGUCGUUUUUUUUGUCACAAUAAUAACCUUAGUCCAACCGCUGACCAUUUUGAUUCUCUACAGAAGUCAUGGCGAUAAUACCGUACUGCCCUAGUCGCUCCAAAUGGUGCUAUAUCUUUGAUAGUCUUCCAUUCUAUUUCACACCUAUUUGAGAUGUCUUGAGAUGCCUCACUCUAAAGCUCAUAAUAUUUUACCCCUCAGGUAACAGUGGGGUUAACAUGGAGACCACGCUUUCUGGUGAUUUCACGUUGAUCUCUGUUCAUCUCUGAGAAUGCUAUAGUUGAUCCAUGAAAACAUCAGAGAAAUAAAAUCCUACAUUUUCCAAGAUCAAUUUGGAUAUCAGCACAACCAUACGAUCCCCGAAAGAAGUGAUGGCCAGCUCUCCCAGGAGAGCUACUGAUUAGUAGAAUCAAGUGUGUUAGAUUAGGGCUGGAACAAAACCCUGCAGGGAGUAGCGCUCCAGAAGAAGGGUAGGCCAUCUCUGCCCUAAAACAUAUCCCUGGAGAUGUGUACAGUCUUACUGCGCUUUGAUCCAAUUCCAUUCUGCUCACUGAACUAUGGAAUCAUGUCCCUGCGGACUCACAGAUUCUGAAUGGUUCUGAUUGACCAGUGCUGUAAAGUGCUCUCUGAGAUUAAUUUAGGCACAUAUGGUAGCUGAGAGUUGAAAGGGAACUCAAUUAUGUCAUGUCAGUGAAGAUCCUUUAUAUGCUAAAUAGAAUGGGUGGAAUGGCCAUGAUUCUUGGAUUUACAUUGAUGCAUCAACAUGGUGCAAUUUUGUUUCACUAUAAUACAAAAUACUGAGACAAGUUAUGGUAAACAAACAACUCGAAACAACCCAAACAAGAUGUCAGAUGGACGACAUUGUUGCUUUGAAUAGGAAUAGAGAUAGCUGGUUCCAACCAUUCCAGCUCUAAUGACCGUUUAACCGGAAGUGUCGACUCUAAUCACAGCACCCAGAAUUCACUCAAUGUAGUUGCUAAAAUGGUAAAAGUCUGUCGGAAGAGACUAGUCUGCCUCAGAAACACCCCUAAGAGUUCCAGCUGCAGUACCAUUUCAGUGAAUGAAAGCUCACACAUUUUUAAAAGUCUCUCCUAGGUGUUUUUUAGCUACCAAGGUUGUCUUAUCAAAACAAGAAAUGUUGCUAUAUUAGGGUUUUAACCUAUAGCAUAUCCUCCUCUUCACAAGGGAAGCUACUGUACAGGACCAGACUUUAUCUUCCUCUCUCUAGGGAAAGGAUGCCGUAACAGGAAUAUAUAACAUUCAGGUCCAUCCACCUACUGUGUAUACCACGCAUUAUGUCUAUGGGUAUUUUCAAUAGGACUCACUGGGGUAUUUCCUAUAAGGUUUCAAUAAGGUAUGUUCUCGAUGAUAAAAUCAUCCCAGUAUUUGUGUAAUCAUGUGCAGGAAUUCUGGUUUGUUUGAGGCCACAGGUAAGAUUGAAAAAAAGUGAGAUUUAGAACUGGCUGAUGAGCAAUGCCUUAAACCUUUCAAAUUCACCCCAGUACAGCUGUUGGUGACAACCUGUUUCUCCACCUCAAUUUAACACCAAAUCAUUUUCUGUCUUCUUUGUCUCAAACAGAGCGAGGUCAUUUUGGCCUUUCCUCUGUUUCCUCAGACAAGGCUGCCUUGAUGUAAAUGUUGGUUUAGUCAGGAGUGCCUUGAUUUGCCUAAUCUCUGUAGUGUGGAUUACAGGUUGGUUAUAAUCCGUGAAUUGGGGUCUCUGUGAAUGUGACACGGAGCCCUCUAAUCCCGACCAUGACAGUUUGCACAGGCUGUCAGGUGCUUCAGAUGAAAGCUAAUUGCAUGUCAGUAUUGAACCCAGUAUAAAUACGCUCAUGACAAGACAGCAAGGACCAAGCUAGCUCUCAAGAGAAACUGAGAAAUGAUGUACCCUAUACAGUGUAAUUGUGCAUGUGAUUGCUUAGGAGAAACAUGUCUGAAUCAACCAAAUGGGCUAUAUGUUGUGAGAUCCUUAAAGGGAAAACUAAAGCUGUUACUUUCCAGGUCGCCCUCGCAAAAGAAGCUUCUAACCUCAAGUCUUUCUCCUGGUUAAAUAAAGGUUAAAUGAAUAAAAAAAAUUGUUGGCAGUCCUUCCGAGUAGGGGGAAUCCAUUGAGAUUGAGCUUCAGUCAUUUAGCAGCACAGGUAAUUACAGCUCUGUGAAAACUAUAUUUGAUUUGGUCAUUGGAGACCCCACUGCUAAUGAAUCAGGAAAGAGAAAGCCUUGGGAAAUAAAUGGGGCUUAUUUGAAUUAUGGGUCAUACUUCCUAUUCAAUGAAACUGAACCACUCAACCUUUCCUAUUUCUUUUCAUACGGAGAAUGCAAAUGUAGAGUAAAAUAACAUUCUUAGUGCAAAAUAAUUGUCCAAAGUGUAAAAAAUACCUUAAACGUCAUUAUAUUCUUGCAGUGUAAUUUAAUUUAAAAGCUUUCUUCAACAAUGUGCGUUAUGAGGAGGUGAUUAUUUAACUAGAGUUUAGUAAACUGAACAAGACAUAAAUAGUUGCCCCUUUAUAACGCACAUUGUUGAAUAAAAGUUUGAAAUUAAAUCAGGCUGCCAGAUUAUAAGUAGGUUUUUGCACAAUUCUUUUGCACUACACAUUUAUUUUUGUUCAUUGUAUGAAGUCAAAAACAAAGAUGAGAUUGAAAUUAGGCUUUAGCACCACUAAGCAGAUUUGAUCUUUUUCAAAGUAAGUAUUCUAUGUCCAAAUCCAACAUGCAAUCAUACUAUAACUGUUGCAAUAUACUGACUACACUACCGCAAUGCCAUCCAGUGAACUUUGUGAAAGAGAGAAGACCUUAUUCUCCCAGUAUUGAUCUGGGGUAAAGGUACAAAAUGUAAGGCUUUGCCUAGACAGAUCUGCUGUCACGUUCCACAGUUGAGGAUAGGCCAUCACUGUCACCAUUCUUCAUGAAGUGCAGGGGGAAUCUUAGCCCUCUCAUCUGUAUUAUUAUAAGGGCUGGAGUAAAGGAAUCAUCAAUCAACCGUUCAGGGCACAUUCAGCAGGUAAUAGUCUGCUGUUGCAUCACGUCUGUAGGCUACUGAAAAAACGCUUCAUUCAUCUAUAUGUAUGGCAGGAUUGAAAUGUCCUUACUCUUCAUAAAGGACACUGUGUUCAUAUGAGGCAAUUGUGUCAUGCACUGCAUUUGUCUCAUAUUCUUUCUAUAGCCAUUAGUCACAACCUUCAGCAUCACUGAAUUUCAAAUGGGAAUUGACUUUUUUGCCAUUUCAGACCUACAGUUAACGUAUGAUCUAUUGGUAUACAGUGAGGGAAAAAAGUAUUUGAUCCCCUGCUGAUUUUGUACGUUUGCCCACUGACAAAGACAUGAUCAGUCUAUAAUUUUAAUGGUAGGUUUAUUUGAACAGUGAGAGACAGAAUAACAACAAAAAAAUCCAGAAAAACGCAUGUCAAAAAUGUUAUAAAUUGAUUUGCAUUUUAAUGAGGGAAAUAAGUAUUUGACCCCCUCUCAAUCAGAAAGAUUUCUGGCUCCCAGGUGUCUUUUAUACAGUUAACGAGCUGAGAUUAGGGAGUGCUCCUAAUCUCAGUUUGUUACCUGUAUAAAAGACACCUGUACACAUAAGCAAUCAAUCAAUCAGAUUCCAAACUCUCCACCAUGGCCAAGACCAAAGAGCUCUCCAAGGAUGUCAGGGACAAGAUUGUAGACCUACACAAGGCUGGAAUGGGCUACAAGACCAUCGCCAAGCAGCUUGGUGAGAAGGUGACAACAGUUGGUGCGAUUAUUCGCAAAUGGAAGAAACGCAAAAUAACUGUCAAUCUCCCUCGGCCUGGGGCUCCAUGCAAGAUCUCACCUCGUGCAGUUGCAAUGAUCAUGAGAACGGUGAGGAAUCAGCCCAGAACUACACGGGAGGAUCUUGUCAAUGAUCUCAAGGCAGCUGGGACCAUAGUCACCAAGAAAACAAUUGGUAACACACUAUGCCGUGAAGGACUGAAAUCCUGCAGCGCCCGCAAGGUCCCCCUGCUUAAGAAAGCACAUAUACAGGCCUGUCUGAAGUUUUCCAAUGAAUAUCUGAAUGAUUCAGAGGAGAACUGGGUGAAAGUGUUGUGGUCAGAUGAGACCAAAAUCGACCUAUUUGGCAUCAACUCAACUCGCCGUGUUUGGAGGAGGAGGAAUGCUGCCUAUGACCCCAAGAACACCAUCCCCACCGUCAAACAUGGAGGUGGAAACAUUAUGCUUUGGGGGUGUUUUUCUGCUAAGGGGACAGGACAACUUCACCGCAUCAAAGGGACGAUGGACGGCGCCAUGUACCGUCAAAUCUUGGGUGAGAACCUCCUUUCCUCAGCCAGGGCAUUGAAAAUGGGUUGUGGAUGGGUAUUCUAGCAUGACAAUGACCCAAAACACACGGCCAAGGCAACAAAGGAGUGGCUCAAGAAGAAGCACAUUAAGGUCCUAGAGUGGCCUAGCCAGUCUCCAGACCUUAAUCCCAUAGAAAAUCUGUGGAGCGAGCUGAAGGUUUGAGUUGCCAAACGUCAGGCUCGAAACCUUAAUGACUUGGAGAAGAUCUGCAAAGAGGAGUGGGACAAAAUCCCUCCUGAGAUGUGUGCAAACCUGGUGGCCAACUACAAGAAACGUCUGACCUCUGUGAUUGCCAACAAGGGUUUUGCCACCAAGUACUAAGUCAUGUUUUGCAGAGGGGUCAAAUACUUAUUUCCCUCAUUAAAAUGCAAAUCAAUUCAUAACAUUUUUGACAUGCGUUUUUCUGGAUUUUUUUGUUGUUAUUCUGUCUCUCACUGUUCAAAUAAACCUACCAUUAAAAUUAUAGACUGAUCAUUUCUUUGUCAGUGGGCAAACGUACAAAAUCAGCAGGGGAUCAAAUACUUUUUUCCCUCACUGUAUAACAAAACAAUGACAUAUCAAGGACAGAUCACUUUUUAUCCUACACAGCAGGCUUAUUUUUGUAUGGUUUAUUCCAUUCAUGGCAUGCCUGUUGUGUUUCAUAAUUGAAAUAGGAUUGUAAUGUCUCUUUGUUUUCCACAGGUUACAAGUGCCCAUUCAUCUGCUUCUGGAAGCUCAGACGUUCUGAAGUCAGAGAGCCCAAAGUCAAGAGCUAAGGACCUCUGGACAACAGACUCCAGCAAGGACUUAUCCAUCAGUCACCUGCUCUCCCAGACCUUUUAUGACAAGAACCUGUCUGGCCUGGAUCUGAACUAUGACAAGUUGGAACCGUACUCUAAACAGGAGCUCUGGGACUGGCUCCACAACACCUCUAGCCUCCAUGACGCUCGCUCCCGAUCCAAGAGGAGACCCAUCGUCAAGACGGGCAAGUUCAAGAAGAUGUUCGGCUGGGGCGACUUCCACUCCAACAUCAAGACAGUCAAGCUCAACCUGCUGAUCACCGGGAAGAUCGUAGACCACGGCAACGGCACGUUCAGCGUCUACUUCCGCCAUAACGCCACGGGCCAGGGCAACGUGUCGGUGGGGCUGGUGCCGCCAACCAAGGCCGUGGAGUUCCAGCUGCAGCAGUCGACGGUCCUCGAGCCCAAAGACACCAAGCUGUUCAACUGUAGGGUGGAGUAUGAGAAGGUGGAGAAGGGCACCAGGAAGUCGCUGUGUUCCCACGACCCCUCGCAGAGCUGCCCUCAGGAGCAGACCCAGAGCCAUGUGUCCUGGCUGUGCUCCAAGCCCUUCAAAGUCAUCUGUAUCUACAUCUCCUUCUACAGCACCGACUACAAGCUGGUGCAGAAAGUGUGUCCGGAUUACAACUACCACAGCGAUACUCCCUACCUCCCCACCGGGUGA